AUGGCCGUUGUUCCCUCUUCCAUUUUCUGUGAAUUAAUUUUCGACCCCGAGGUAGAGAAGACUGCGCGUAGGACAAGAAAAGAGACCGGACAGCUCCGAGAGGAGCACUCCAGUGCUACAUCUCAGAGACCGGAGCCAGAAGUUGAACCAACAGAUUCGUUUGGAGACACUUCGAGUGACUCUGAUCAGGAGGAAGGAACCAUGGCUAAUGCACGAACGUUGAGGGAAUUGGCUGCUCCUGAUUUAAAUCAGCAGCCUUUAUGCAUUACCUUCCCCACCCUAAAUGAUAACACUCCAUUUGAACUAAAAUCUGGACUGAUUCAUCUUUUACCCUCUUUUCAUGGUUUACCAGGUGAAGAGCCGUAUAAGCAUCUGCAGGAGUUUGAUGUCGUGUGCAAUAGUAUGAAACCCCCGGGAAUCACAGAAGAGCAAAUAACAAUGAGGGCAUUUCCCUUUUCCUUGAAGGAUUCUGCAAAGGACUGGCUGUACUACCUGCCACCAGGUAGCAAAAUCACGUGGGGCCAAUUGAAGAAAAAUUUUUUAGAUAAAUAUUUUCCUGCAUCCAGGGCUCUAAAUCUAAGGAAAGAAAUUUGCGGGAUCAAGCAGCACCCAGGGGAGUCACUCUAUGAGUAUUGGGAGCGGUUCAAAAAGUUGUGCAACAAGUACCCCCAGCACCAAAUAAGUGAGCAAUUGCUCAUACAGUAUUUUUAUGAAGGGCUCCUUUUCAGAGACAGGAACAUAAUUGAUGUUGCAAGUGGAGGGGCACUGGUGAACAAAAUCCCUCGGGAAGCAAGGGAGUUAAUAGAGGGAAUGGCAGAGAAUUCACAACAAUUCGGUACGAGGGAGGAUGUCCCAAUACGCAAGGUGAAUGAGGUAGAGACAUCCUCUAUCCAGCAGCAGCUAAUUGAGUUGACCUCGUUUGUUAGGCAACUGGCUGUAGGAAAUGCAUCUCAGGCCAAGGUGUACGGGAUUUGCACUAGUAUGGAUCAUUCUACAGACAUGUGUCCAAUGAUGCAAGAGGAGGGUGCAGAGCAAGUGAACAUGACAGGUCACGUACCCGCGCCAAGAAGACCCUAUGACCCCUAUUCAAGUACCUACAACCCUGGUUGGAGGGACUACCCUAACCUCAGCUAUGGAGGGAACAUGCAGUCCAAUUUCGUGCCUAAUAGACAACAAGGGUACCAGCAGCAGUACCAACCCCGACCACCUCCGCCACCGAGCUCUAGUCCAUCUUUGGAGAAGAUGAUGAAACAACUGAUAGCAACCAUCUCGCAAAAUCAGCAAAGGACGGACUUCGAAAUGCAGGACAUAUGA